UGUUGCGCAUGCGCAUUAAGACACCGCUGGUCGUGUGUAGGAAUUAUGGCCGUUGAGAUGCAGACGGAGGAUUUUCCUUACCUACCGUCGGGGCCGGCGGAAAUAAAUAAGAUGAUAAAGGAGCAUGGCGACCUGUUUUCUGACUCCCAGUGUAAAGUCUGCAGUGCUGUCCUAAUUUCUGAGUCUCAGAAGUUGACUCAUUAUCAGAGCAAGAAACAUGCCAACAAAGUGCGGCGUUAUCUUUCGAUGCAUAACGAGGAGACGGCGGUUAAAAAGAUGAAGACGGUAUCAUCCGACACUCAGGACUGUAACAACGGGGACACGGACCGGCUGAAGGCGUGUCAUGUAUGUAACAUGACCUUCUCCGCUCCAGUCGUGGCCGAGUCUCACUAUCAGGGCAAAGUUCACGCCAAGAACCUGAGGCUGAAAACAGUCGGACCUCAGACCCCAGCAGUAGCACCCCCACCAACACCGACAGCUCAGCCGAAGAAGAAACCUGCAGAUGACUCGAGUGCCGCUCCAGCGACGGGCGGCAACAACAACAACAACAACAACAACCCGGACCGUUUCUGCUCCAUCUGCCAGGCCUCCUUCAACAACCCGCUCAUGGCUCAGCAGCACUACGUGGGCAAGAAGCACAGAAAAAAGAUGACCAAGCUGAAGCUGAUGGAGACGUACGGCCUGUCCACAGCACCAGCGUCCACACUAAACGGCUACCCGUGCACCGUGUGCAACAUCGAACUAAACUCUGUGGAGCAGUACCAGUCUCACAUCAGUGGUGCCAAGCAUAAGAACCAAGUGAAGAAGUCCAGCCUGAACACUGCAGAGAACCAGCAGCCCGCAGACCAGUCGUACACCAGCGAGAACCAGUACGCAGCCGGAGACGAGCAGUACGCUCCCGAGGACACGGAGUACUCAGAGGAGUACCAGUACACUUGAGGCUGGACUGGGACUGACUGUGGAGGUUUUUAGUCAGGACUUGGAACGACACAACAACCAGCCCCCCUUUCAAUCCAUUCACCACCCGUCGACCUCCAUGAAGCUCCAGCUCCCGUCAGAGUAGGUUUUCCCUGGAACAGAACCAUGUAACCCACAGCUUUGGACCUCGGAACAUCCCCACAUUUAACAUUUCCAGCUGAACCCGUUAACGGAUGUGUGUGUUUUUAGUUCGUUUUACUCCGUAAUGAAAAGAGAACCAGCUUUUGAUGAGUGGAUAGGGGAGUGGUGAGGAGCUUAUACCUCUCAGUGUGUGAUGAAGGACUGAACCCACAGACUGAAGAAGAUUUAUGUCCGUUACAGAUCCACUCACUGACCCAUAGACAUUCUCCAUGCACAUUAGGGCUGGAUAACGUGUGAAAGUCGUCGAUACUGGCGCUGAUUUAGCACAGUUUUUCCCCAGAACUUCAACUGUGAAAUCAUUUAUUCGUCCGACAAAGAAGUCAGACUUGUCAAAUGCUGCAUGUCGUUCAACCCUCUGAAGCUGUUUGGGCAUUUUUUGACAUUCAGACGGUUAAAGGCGAGAAAGUAACAAAAUACAGCCUAAAAUUGGGGAAAAUUUAGAUUUAAAUACGUCAAUAUACAGCCAUGGCCAUAAGUUUGGACACAAGUACCAUGACGCUUGUGAAUCUUAGAAAAUACCACAAAAUUGUCACUUACAAUACAGUACACAACUCCUGAGAACUACAUUAAGUUUCAUAUUUAAAAAAAACAAAAGAGUUUGGUGUCAUUUUGUUAUUCUUACCAAAUUCGGUUGUGGAAGUACUGCAUUUUUUUGUUAUUUUCUUCUAAUAUUAUGUUUUUGGAACAAAGUUGUUCCAAUUGUUGGAUUUUAUUGCUAAUAUUAUAUCCCUUGUUGAUUUGUUGACUAAUUAAACUGGUGCUGUCAAAAAAUAUUAGUUAUGUUCUGUAAUAGACAUCAAAACAAACAUAGGAAGUCAUGCUGUGUCCAAACUUAUGGCCAUGGCUGUAAGAUCAGAGAGCAAAUAAAGCGACCAAUCCGGCGUCUUCGAUGCAAAAAAAAAAAGUAUUGUGGUUUGAAAUCCAGCCUUAAUGUGCAGAUUCAGUCGGUCAGGGUGUUUGAUCGUUCUGCCUCCUAACAUCUAACCAGUAUUAACAUCCAGCACCAGAGCCACAUGUAAGCAGAAAACCGCUUCUAGUUCUCGUCUCGCCACAUUUCCAGUUGGUUUGCAUCUCGAGUGAAUGUAUUUAUUGCAACGUCUUUUCUUUCUCCCGCAAGUUUGUCUCUUUCUGCCGUUUAAAACCGAAGCUUUCCGUCUAGAAAACAGAUCAUUAGAUGUGAUAUUAUCAGUUGAGAACCUGGUUUAACUGUUUUUCAGUUUGUUUUUAUCUACAAAUGUUUGUUUUUUGUUAGUUUUUUUUUUAAAUGGAAACGUUUGCCGUGUGGAUUUUCUCGUUAAAGUUCUGGAGAAAGCCGUUUGUGUUCAGGUGGCCCAGCGUUUUAUUAUCCUAUUCUUGUUGUUUUCUUACUGUAAAAAGCCGACAUAAUGUAAACGCAGGCUGCAUUUCAAACCAACACGCAAGAUGAGCCUGAAGUAGAUCCUUUAAUACUUCUAAAAGCACCAGAAUAGGUAAAAAAACAAGCCUUGAUGCUUGUUUGAUGUCAUUAUUUUUUAACAAAUCAGUGUUUCUUUACGUCUGGAUUCUGUGAAGAUAGAAAAAUGUGAAUUGUCUCUCCUCACAUUUCAGACACGGUGGCUCUGUAACAGCUGGAGGUGACUGAACACGUUAAUGAAGCUUUUUUUGGUACUCUUCCGUUACAUUUUUAAUUUAAAGACCGAAAGAUUUUUAAUGACUGCCCUCGUGGGGCUUUUUGAACUCCGUAGAGACUGAUAGACGCUUUCUGAGCUCUGUAACUUACUGUCCAUAGCAGAGAUCACAGUAUUUACCGCAGAGAAAAAGUGAUGUCAAAUUAGAAAGUGAUGUCAAUAUAAGAAUAAGACUAACAUUUUUGGUCCUUUUGUCCUCAUAUACGACAAUUGGUUACAUAUUUUAGUAUUGAAUGUCUUCAACUUUCUGGCUAAAGGAAAAAAAAAAGAUUUUUUUUGGAUGUAAUUUAUACAAAGAGGGCUCAUGCAUACUGUAUGUGUAAAAGAAAACAAACAAAAAAAAACGACAAAUGGCCUUUUUGUUUCCACCCUCAUCGUUUGUGUGUUCGUUGUUUUGUGAUUAAGAUUUACUUUGGAUAUAAAGUUAUGUACUGUUGAGGGAAAAAAAUGCUGCAAAGUUGUGCAUAAAGUAGAGAAAUGUUUUAA